AUGCCUGCUGCCGAGGUUCCGAAAACCCCUAAUUUCAACCCUUCUUCUGUGACCCCAAAUCUUAAUGCCUGCGCUGCUGCUCUCCCAGCUGCCGAGCUCGCCAACAUCCUGACACAACUCAACAUUGAGGGCCACACAGCACUGUAUUGGGCAAUUGUGAAUAAUCGGCCACAAGCUGUUCGGGCGUUUAACAAGUUCAUUUCCUGCUAUUCCCCUGUUUGCACGUCCGACUUGCGCAUUGCAUGCAUGAUAACCAGUAACCAUGCAAUGUUUAUGCAGCUAAACCUUGGACGUCGAAGUGAACAAAUACGUUUGAGAGGCCUUUUAGGUUGCCUGCCCGAUGGGAUUCAGGUACACACAUGUGAUGAAUUCACCAACCAGUUCAAUGUUGUUUUGGGAAUCAGGAUGUUCCAGAAACGUCUGCGCACUGCUACUGGAAAUAAGUGGUACCACGAAUUUGUUGCAGGGGGACGCAUGUGGUGGUUUCGCUUUGCCUUGCUAAAGCCUAGUAAUGGAUUAUGGAGCGCCGAGAUUGGUCUUUGUCAGCAUAGCCAUCCAGCGCGUCUUGACGCUGUACUUUUGAUCGAGGCACACAGCCGGAAACCUGGCCGUGCAACCCCGCCUGAAGCGCUGAAAAUUCCAUUGACAUUGACAGGCACAAACUUUCUGGCUCUUGCACCUUGGCGAUCCACCGAGCGCAUUGACUAUGUGCCUCCUCCCAAAAUGACUUGGCGCAUAUCGGAAGAGCUGGGCGAUUGGGUAAUGCACGAUAAGACUGAAUAUGUAGACCGCGAGGGCACCCUACAUGCGAAGCUGGAGAUGACAUUGUUAUGAAUCCAAUAGUGACACUAGCCGAUGUAAUUGAACUCAACAAAAAGUGCUACAGUCUAAGUGCCACAAACGAUUUGCAUAAGUUCCGACGUUAACGCGUGGUGGGCAACAUAAUCUCCCGGACAACGUCGAGCACGCUUGUCGCCCGUUCUUGUUAGCCUCCAGGAACCAAGACGGACCAAGGUGAGAGUGCAGGGCUGGAUUGUGCAGUUGAGCUCGCUGGACGGCUGGAUGAGCGCGGAGAGGUGCUGAAGGGUGUAUACGGUCAUGACUGGAGUACUAUAGGGUGGCGCUGG